UUCUAUAAGGAAGAGAGUUAUAUAGAUAACUAUCUUGCUGGGCUUAGGAAUAUAAUUAAAUCUCUAAAGCAUUUCUAUAGCCUAAGUAUUGUUAAGGCUAAAUUCUCUAAUAAUCUUGCCGAUGCUAAUAUUUUUAAAGAAAAUCUUAUAGUUAUUUAG